AUGGCCGCAAAAAAGCAUACCGAACCAACCUCGCCGACAAAGGAGUCAUCUACGAAAAGCUUUGGACAACGGGUACAAGAGCUUGCUACAAAGAAGCUCCUUCCAGAUAGCGAUUACUACAAAAUUUUCAAAUUCUUGAGGAGAAGUAAUGAAGAAUCUUUCUCGGGUCGGAAUAAAGAUACAUUGGUGCUAUGGAUAGCUAUAUCGCUAGCAAGCUUAUCCGGUGUACCAUUGCCAAUUAUUGGCGUUAUCUUUGGUAAAAUUAUCAAUGAAUUCCCACCCGAAGAACACAGCUUGCGUUUGAAGCUGAUCCAAAUGAUGGUCGUCGCAACUAUCAAUUUCUUUGCGAUAUGGGGUUAUACAUACUGCUGGGGCUAUGUGGGAACAAGAAUAAGUCAGAGUAUUCGGGAGGUUGUCUUGGAUAAGACCUUACAUAUGGAUAUCGCCUAUCAUGAGACGAAGAGAAUUGAUCUCGCGGGAUACCUUAUGGUCGAUGUACAGACGAUUCAAACCGGAACUGGUGAAAAAGUCGGAAUCUUCAUCCAAUCGAUUUCAUAUUUCGUUACUGCGAUUCUCGUCGGUUUGAUCCUCAACGCCAAGUUCACAGCUAUUCUCAUGGCUGCUGUUAUACCCUCGAUACUUCUUAUCACAGUCCUCUGUGAACGCCUUAAUAGACGUUUUACAAAGCAUCUUGCGGAAACGACUACCCGUGCAUCGGAGAUGUUGUCAGAUGUUGUGAGGAUGAUAACUGUCAUCCAGUCUUUUGGACUUUCGGGCCUUUUCCGUGAUAAGAACCGGGAGGUGUUGGAGUCAGGACGGUACUAUGGUGUCCGAAGAUCAUUCAUUAUCGCAGCGAGAUUGGGAUUUUUGUUCUUCCUGGCUUAUGGAGUCAACUCUUUAGCUUUCUGGUAUGGCAUCAAACAAGUCAAAUCGAAUGCCACAGAUGCCGGAACAAUCUACACCAUCAUCUUCCUCAUGUUAGAUGCUUCAUUCAUUAUCAGCCAGUUCGGACCCUUUUUACACACAUUCUCACUUGCUGCUGCCGCAGGACGUCGCAUCGAUGGCCUCCUCCAAGAUGCAGAAGAGCAUUCCGAGAAGCUCGACCCAGCUGGAAACUCUCACAGCUUCGACUGGAGUACUCCAUUUGAGCUUGAAUUUAAAGACCUAAGAUUUGCAUACCCCAGUGCUCCGGAGCUUGACGUUGUAAAGGACGUUAACUUGAGGAUGCCGGUUGGGUCAUUCACCGCUAUAGUCGGAAAGAGUGGAAGUGGGAAGUCCUCUUUGACCUCCCUUUUACUCAGAUUUUAUAAGCCUAAAUCGGGGCAGAUUUUAUUAAAUGGUCGUGAUGUUACGACAUUGCCGGUUAAGACAUAUCGAACACAUAUUUCUUUCGUUGAGCAAGACCCUGUUCUAUUUAGUGGGACGAUUAAGGAGAAUAUUCUCCACGGUCUUCCGGGGUCUCAUGAGCUUUCUGAAAUGGAAAGGUCGACGCUUUGUAUUGAAGCUGCGGCCCUUGCGAAUGCCAAGGAGUUUAUUGAAGCACAACCAAAUGGGUAUGAUACAAUUGUUGGACCCGACGGUGCAAGUCAGCUGUCUGGUGGCCAAGUCGCAAGGAUUGCACUUGCUCGAGCUUUGGUCUCUAAACCAAAAUUAUUGAUUCUUGAUGAAGUUACUGCGUCUUUGGACAUUCACUCCGAAAAUGUCGUAAUGAGGGCAAUUAGGCAACUCCACAAAGAAACUUCAAUGACAAUAGUUAUGAUCACUCAUCGACUUUCCUCCGUUCAGACUGCAGAUAACAUUGUAGUCAUGUCUACGGGAGAUCUCGUGGAACAAGGGAAUCACGAUGCUCUUGUUCUAUCAGACGGCGCCUACAACAAGCUUCUAGAAACUCAGAAGAAGUCAAGCGAUUCGAGCAGAGAGGCCAGUGCAGAGAGAAUUGCUAUGAUCUCUGAAAAGGCAGAAAUAACGGCAGUUGUUGAGGAUUGUGCCAGUUCCAUUGUCAAGAAGAAUUCGAUAUGUUUGCCAUGCGCUCCUCCAAAGCCCCCGUCGUCCGUGAAGAGAACUAUGUCUAUGUGCAAGCCUGAUCUUCCAAUUAUUCUUACUGGAAUUUUCGCAUCGAUGCUUACUGGUAGUCUUGUCGUCGCUGAAUCCGUUCUCUUCGGUUUCAUUAUUUCAUCCCUCCGCGAUGAACUCCCUGCCCACGGCCCUCAAGACCCUAAUUUCUACUGCCUAAUGUUCUUCGUCGUCGGUGCUGUCGCUCUAUUCGCCUACUCAACUUCAGGUUUCUGCUUCGGCGUGGUCUCCGAAAGACUAGUCAAACGUCUACGAGAUCUAUGUUUCCAAAAGAUUAUGGAACAAGAUCUUUCCUUCUUCGCUGAUCCGGAACAUACCGAAACCGCCUUGGUAGCUAGUAUUCAAUCCGAUACCGCGGCUUUGACAUCCCUUUCUGGGGUUAUGAUUGGAACUGUUGUUUCUGUUACUACUACACUUGUUGGCGGAAUCGUUAUCGCGCAUGUAGUCGCUUGGAAAAUCGCCGUUGUCCUUCUUCCCGCCCUUCCGGUUAUCGUUCUAGCCGGGUAUCUUCGUCUCCGUGUGCUUAUGAAAGCACAGGUUAAGCAAGAAACUACAUACGUCAAGGCAGCUAGUAUGGCAACGGAAGCUACAAACGCAAUGCGUACCGUCGCAAGCUUGGUUCGUGAAGACGGUGUGAUGAGAGAAUACAAGAAAGAGUUGUUGAAAGCAGAGAAAGGACAUACGAAGUUCAUUCUUCAGGGAAGCGCUAUCAUGGCACUUGCGCUUUCGAUUGGAUUCUUUGUUUAUGCGCUUGCGUACUGGUGGGGCUCUAAGCAAGUCAGAAAUGGAGAUUAUAGUAUCAUCGAGUUCUUUAUCGUUCUUCCGGCGUUAUUGUUCUCUGCCCAAACGGCAGGACAAGUCUUCUCCCUCGCACCGGAAUUCACAAAGGCCGCUGCGGCUUCAAGGAGGAUUUUCAAGUUACUUGAUACCCAACCGAUCAUCUCAUCGAACUCAGAGGACAAUACACCAAACCCAAGCUCACCAGCUACUCCAAUCAAAGACCAAAAGUCACCCGAAAAACCCGAAAAGGGCGCAAUAGAUUUCAAAUCAGUCACAUUCUCUUACCCAAGCAGACCCUCCGCCGUCGUCAUCCGUGACCUAUCACUUUCCAUCCGCCCCGGUGAAUUCGUCGCAGUAGUAGGCGACUCCGGAUCCGGUAAAUCAUCACUCUUAUCACUCCUCCAACGUUUCUACGACCCAACCCACGGAACCGUAUUCGUCGACAACGAAGACAUUUCAAAACUUCCAAUCUCUAGGCAUAGGGAUAGAAUCUCCAUCCUCUCUCAAGAUUUAACAUUAUUCUCAGACAGCAUAUUCUUCAACAUCUCCAUCGGAGCCGGUGAAGAUGUAUCAAAGGUUACAAGAGCACAGGUAGAAGCCGUUUGUAGAAAAGUUGGAAUCCAUGAGUUUAUAAUGGGACUUCCUGAGGGGUAUUCUACACACUGUGGAAGGAAUGGAUCGGGUCUCUCCGGUGGUCAGAUUCAACGGAUUGCUUUGGCUAGAGCUUUGAUUAGAAAUCCGGAGAUUUUGAUAUUGGAUGAACCUACUUCGGCUUUGGAUGUUUAUAACGAGAAUACAGUUAUGGACGCUAUUUUGGAAAGCUGUAAUGGAGGGGUGGAGUUGAAGAGGACGGUGGUGAUGGUGGCGCAUAGACUUGGAACUGUGGUUGGGGCGGAUAGGAUUGUGGUUAUGAGAAAGGGUAGGAUUGUGGAGAUGGGGAAUCAUCAGGAAUUGAUGGAGCUGGGGGGUAUUUACGCCGGCAUGGCGAUGCAGCAAGGCCUUUAG